CACUCCUUCAGAGUUUACUUUGUGUUGUUUGUCCAUCGAUGACGGUCGUGUCCGGCGGUGAAAUAUAAAAAUUGAAUUACAUUUUCAAUUCCCCAUGUCGUCGAACAGACUACGGCUACUAUAGGAGGAAUUGUGUGGCAAAGUGACCGCUGUACGUACUUUGCUUUCAACUCUACACUAACCAUUUCCGAUCCACGUGAGCGUUUAUAGUGCAUAGAAACUAGUUAUGCAUUCGCUAAAAAUAUUUGCAACACUACUUUUAUUCGAUGUCUGCACGGUCUCUCUAUACGUCCUAAAGUGAAAAAUUGAAGUGUUUAUUGAAUUCUCCAAUUUGUGUGAAUAUUUCCAAGAUCUGUACGAAUAGUAGGCUAUGUGAUGAAAAUGCUACAGUUUUGUUAUAAUGAUGCUUGGAUGUGAGUCAGAAACUUAUUAGAAUUACAAUUCUGCAUCCUUGCUAAAUCCUAGCAAUCUAUCGGGACCCUGCUGCCUCCAUUUUUGCACUUGAAGUUAGUUCUCUCUAAACGAAGGAGAUAUAAGCUGUUGACAUUAUCACUACAUCUAGUGGAAGGAUAGUCAGUGUCAGUGCAAAUAUUGUGUGCAUUGUGUUGUGUUUUUUUCCACGCAAAAAAGCUGUGAGUGGAAUACAAAAAUAAGAGCGACUUGUAGCACUUGUAGGCUACAUAUCAGGUUCAAGGUUUAUCGAACUACUCGAUUAGAGAUGUCAUUGGAUAGUGAGGUGUUUAUCUUCCGGAUGGCGAAGAUGGACUAAUGUUUACUAUAUUAGUAAACUAACAACGAUAUAAAUAAAUAGUAAAAUCACAUUGGUUGACGCUGAAGUAACUUGUACAAUAAUUUACGAGAUCUAGUCCAAAACACCAGCCAUCAUGGGUAAUAUAUCAUCAUCAAGUUCAAAACUGGCGGAAAAAUGCCCGAUGUUAGAAAAAAGUGAACUGCCACUGAUAGCCAGUUCUUUUAGAAUAGUCAGUAAAAACUCCGACAAAUGCAAAGAAGAAGAGUUAAUGAAAUUCUGGGGAUCGCAAAUGGAUCCACGGUUGGCGCAGUAUAUAACCAAUUUCCUGUUUGGCCCUCUUGGUCAACGAGCAACAUUCGUCGAUCUUCCUCGAUUUGCUGAACUAUAUGUCUACACAGUACGCGGCACGCUGGAGGAGCGAAUCAAUGUGCUGCUAGGCAGUUUGGGUCAACCGCCGGAUUCCGAAUCUACCGAAAUAGCGUAUCCAUUAAUCAAGGAGUACGUCGAGGCUGUUGUAAGCAGUUACAUGCGAGCGAUAAGACUUGAAGGGGGACCAGAAUUCAAGUCCUGGGAAUCGCGUGGCUUUCGGAUCGUAAAAGAGUGCAUCCAGAAGCUUGCCGAGAGCUUAGUGUAUGACGUGGUUCAACAAGGCACACAAAAAGUCACCCGAGCGGAUGCUGAACGCUGGCUCAACAAAAAUCCCAUUUUCCUCAAAAUGCUGGAGCAUGUGUUCUCCCAUUUGUACAACUAUCGCAGCGUGAAGAACAGUUCUGAGGAAAAAAAGAAGGACGAUUCGGACGAUAGCAAAGCUAGGCGAAAGGAACACUUUCCCCAGCAGGAGGUCGUACUGCAUGCCAUGCUUCCUCUCUGUGAGGGGUUGCAGUACAUGCCCGACUACCCGGCGUUCACCGAUCUCUCGCAGAUGCUGUUUGUUAAUGCGAACCUCCCGAAUGCACAGCAGCACAAGUGGCGCUUUUUGUUCUCCUCGCAAAUUCAUGGGGAAAGUUUUUCAACUUUGUUAGGUCGCAUCAUAGAUCAGGGCUCCACCGUAGUAAUUGUUGAAGACGCAAAUGGAUACAUUUUUGGAGGUUAUGCUACAGCAUCCUGGGCACUGGGACCCAACUAUUUGGGUGACGAAAAUUCCUUCCUAUUUACACUGCGGCCAAAAAUGCGAUGUUUCCCAUCAACUGGAUAUAAUCCUCAUUAUCAGUAUUUAAAUUUACAUCAACAAACGAUGCCUAACGGAAUGGGCAUGGGUGGCCAGCACAACUAUUGGGGCUUAUGGCUGGACAGCGAGUACGGCCUUGGAGAAUGUGCGGAGUCAUGUACCACGUAUAAGGGAUACUUCCAGAUGAGUGCUACCAAAAAGUUCACCGUCCGCAACAUAGAAGUCUGGGGCGUUGGGGAAAAACCGAUCAAUGAAGAUGAACCGGAAAGAAACAGCAGUGGAUCCAUUCUGGAUGGGAAUGCGGACAGCAAAGCAAUGCUGAAACUGAGCGGCCGCGAGCAGUAUUCCGACGGGUAUCGGGAGGAACCGAAGGAUUAAAAAAAGAAAUCAAACGCCAGAAAAAAGCUGGGAAGAAAUUUGUGUUCGCCAGAAAUUAAUCUGGUCGAUGUGCUGGAUACGUUCAAUUUUAAUUUCCUGUGAAAGUGACCAAUGAAGAGCGUUGAUAAUAUACAAGUAAAAUCAAACAGAUUGUAAAAGUCGAGAAAUGGUAACAAAUGGAUUAUCUGCCCUUGUGUUUCAUUUGUCUUCUAAUUUGCAUUAUCUGGCGUUUGCAAUGCACUCGUUUUCUUUCAUGAUUUGCCCUACUUCAGAUGUGCAAAAUGUGUGAACAUUUUAUUGCAAGUACGAGAUGGAGUUGUACGAGAGGUGUCAGUGUGGAGAAUAGAAUGCUUUAUGGGAACUUAAUGUAGAUGUGCGUUAAUGUGAUUAUAAUUGUAUCGCGAUCGCAGAAAACAGUAACACUAGAGUAGCUUGAUCAAUUAAAAAGUAAUAAUUUAUUCCAAAAUUUGCAAAGCCUAGCUGCAAGAGAGAUUGUAAAUAUAGAGACUUUGAUUUGCGCUUACUCACCUUGUGUUUAAUUAAUUUAUUGCGUGUGUGUAGUCUUAAUUGUUGAUUUUUGAACGCACAUGAUUGAUAGCAGGUAUACAUUUUUGUUUGUGCCAUACAAGCUCUACGUACAAUGAUUAGGCAAACUAGAAAGUGAACAAAGAAUUAGCAUUAUUUUUAUCUUGUUCUCUAUUUGUUACAAAAACUGAAAGUCGAGAUCGAAACUCUAUGUCAAUCAAUAUAUAAAACUGUGCUGCGCAAUGUCGCCCACAAGGAAUAAGAUGGAGAGAAAAUAUACAGUGAUUGUUAACAUGCAA